AUGCCCUCCCCCGCACCCACACAUCCUUUCCGAAACACGCAAAGCCUUCUUGUUUUAAUUCCAGACGACGGUAUCGACGUCGAAGCAGAAUCACGAUUGUACGACGAGUUAUGUGACGACCAAAUAUCUCUUCCAUCCAUCCACCCCAAAUCCCCUCAAGGACCACCCUCCAUUUUCUCCCGUGACAUCUCGCUGGAUGACAACUCAGGCACGAGUCUGACUUUUGCCCGAAACGUACAUAUCGCGGGUUGGACGAGUGUAGGUGAUAAACUGGGUGGAGCAUAUGUCGUGUAUGAUUGUGUGAUUCACACAAAAGAGGGUACCACCAUCCAUGCACAUAAGCGGUAUAGUGAUUUCGUGCUGCUGUACGAUGCUCUGAAACAUUCAUUACCCAAGCAUCAACAUCACUUUAUCCUGGCCCUCCCUCCAAAAUCUCCCUUCUCACGCUACCGAGCAGCUUUCCUCGAUCGUCGCCGGAGACAACUGCAGUACUGGCUCUGUGCGGUUCUCCUACACCCUGAGAUUGGUGCAUGUCAGGCUGUAAGGUGGUGGGUUAUGGACUAG